AUGCAUCUGCGCGUUAACGGCCUGUCUGGCUUCGUCUGCAGUUUGAGUCGCGCGACCAGCUGCAGCAUUGCCGAAGUGAAGUCCGGGAUCCAGUCCUUGACGGGCAUCCCCUGCAUCCAGCAGAAAGUGGUCUGUGAUGACCGUGAGUUGGAGGACGAGGAGUUGUUGGAAAGCCUGGUGCCGGAUAACUCAAUGGAAGUCGAGAGGUCUUUGGAGCUCGUGCUGCUGCGAAUUGAUCCAGCUCGCGCAGAAGCAUUGCACGCAGUGCGCUGCAACGGACUCUGCCUGGAGACGCUCCCGGAGGAACUGCGAGGGGACCGUGACAUUGUUUUGGCUGCUGUGAAGAACACCGGCUUUGCUGUGAUUCACGCACACCCCGAGCUACGCAGCGACCGGGAGAUCGCCUUGGCCUCUGUCAGCGACCGGGGCUUUGUGCUUCGAUACCUGGAGGACUCGUUAAAGGCAGACCGCGGCGUGGUCCUGGCCGCUGUGGGUAACGAUGGCUUUGCUUUGCGACACGCGUCAGACGGGCUGCGGGCGGAUCGUGAGGUGGCACUGCGCGCUGUGCGGACAAACGGGUCAGCAGUGCAGUAUGUGGGCAACUGCUUGGCACAGGACCGGGAGAUUGCCUUGGCUGCGGUGAGCAGCAGUGGUGCUGCACUCAGGUAUGUGGCACCAGUUUUCCGAAGAGACCGAGACGUGGUGCUGGCAGCUGUUCGCAGCUGUGGUCAAGCCUUGAAGUUCAUCGAGGAUGAGCGUUUGAGAGAAGAUCCAGAAGUGGCGCUGGCAGCCGUCAGAUCAGAUUUCACUGCCUUUCAGCAUGUGCCUUUUCAGCUGAAGACCGACCGCACCAUCGCUCUGGCUGCUGUGAAGCAGAGUGCAAGGAUCUUCAAGAGCCUUCCCGAAACCGUGAAGUCGGACAGAGAGGUGGCAUUAGCAGCUGUCCAGAAUGACGGCUUCUUGCUGAACCUAAUCACCCAAGAGCUGCAGCACGAUCGUGAUAUUGUGCUGGCAGCAGUGAGUAACAGUGCCGUGCUCGGCUACGCCUGUGUGGAAAUGCAGGAGGAUCGGGAGGUGGUCCUGGCAGCUGUUCGCCAUGAGGGUACCAUGCUGCAGUACAGCUCAGGCAAGUUGAAGUCAGACGCAGAAGUCGUUCUGACAGCUGUGAAGCACAAUGGCUUUGCGGUUGUGUACGCAGAUGGCAAGCUAAGAUGCUGCCGAGAGGUCAUGCUCGAAGCUGUGCGCAACAGCGGCUCCGUCCUGCAGUGGGCUCCAGAAGAGUUGAAAAUGGACCUGCAAGUAGCGCUGGCGGCCGUUGCUAGCAAUCCAGCUGCCACAAAGUUUGUGUCCGAGGAGCUCAAAAAGAAGCGAAAGUUCUGGCUGGCAGCGCUGCGCCAAAACAUUGGCGUGACGGAGUUCCUGCCAAAGAAGCUGCGGCGUGACCAAGGUGAACUGGGCCAAGGGCUGCGCAAACUGAGCGCCGAGGCUUACAAGAAGCUGGACGCGGAGAAACAGCAGUUGGAGGCGAAGCUGCAAUCCGCACAAGGCUCUCCGAAGGCCAGCAAACAGCUACCAGAAGUGCUGGGCAAAGUCCAGCUGGCGCUGGCUCAAGGAAAGAAACAGGUCUCCGAUUUGCGCACCACGGUCGCCGCUGAAAUCCAGCAGGUGCUGCCACAGGUCUUGCAUGAAGUGAUGCAAAGCAAGGCUGCAGAGCUGAAGAAGCUGUUGGACGCAGGUGCACAGGAGUGGAAAGAGAAAUACAGCAUCGAAUGUGAUCGCAGACGAAAGCUGCAUAAUUUGGUGCAAGAGCUGAAAGGGAACAUCCGAGUCUACUGCCGCGUGCGGCCGAUGACGGAUGCUGAGGCAGCCCAGGGCUGCUGCAUCGCUUUUCCAGCUCCCGAUGAGAUUCAAAUCAGCAAUCCGGACCUGGGACUUAAGAAGUCUUGGCAGUUCAAUGAGAUCUACAGACAGAACUCGCAACAGGAAGACCUCUUCAGCGGAAUUCGGGAUUUGGUUGUCUCCAUGCUCGAUGGUUACAAUGUGUGCAUGUUUGCCUAUGGCCAGACGGGUUCUGGAAAGACCUUCUCUAUGCAAGGAUCAAAGGAGAAUCCUGGUGUCUACACUCGAACCUUCAGCGAGCUCUUCAAGGUGGCCAAGGAGAGGAUUGGCUGGAAGAUCGAACUGAAGGGUGCUUGCGUGGAAAUUUACAACGAGGAAAUUCGAGAUCUCUUGCUGGGGCCAAAUGACAAGAAGCAGAAGCUGCAGGUCCGCCAGGGCAAGGAGGGAAACUUCGUGCCCGGCCUCACAAUGCAGACGGUGCACAACGUGGAAGAGGUGGAGAUGCUGCUCAACACGGCCCAGAUGAACCGAACGGUGGCAGCCACGGACAUGAAUUUGCACUCAUCACGCUCUCAUUUGGCCGUCCAAAUUCUUGGCACCAUGACAAACCCGGACGGCAAGCAGUUCUCCUCUGCCAUCACGCUGGUAGACCUUGCGGGCUCAGAGCGGCUGGCCAAGUCGGGGGUUUCUGGCGACCGGGCCAAGGAGGCCAUCGCCAUCAACAAGUCUUUAAGUGCGCUGGGCGAUGUGAUUGCCGCCCGGGCACAGAAGAACGCGCACACGCCUUACCGGAAUUCCAUCCUGACGCACUUUCUUCAGGACUCGCUGGGCGGGGACUCAAAAACUUUGAUGCUGUUGCAGAUCAACCCCUGUGCGAGCCACGUCGAGGAGUCAAUGUGUUCGCUGACCUUCGGUGCUCGGGUCAAUGCCGUCGAGAUGAAGAAGUCUUGA